CAUUUUUGUUUUCUGACACGGCCUUUCUGUCGGACGUAAAACGUCAUUUUUGUUAUCAUUUUAAAUAAAAAUAAUUCGUAAUCAACCCAUUGAUGGUAGUAAAUCACCUCCAUUGUGACAAAUGAAUAAUAUAAUCUAUCUCGUUUCUUGAAGUGCAAGUAGAAGCUGUGGGUCAAAGUGCAAAUUGGUUUUGUUUAGUUGAAAAUAUCACUGUAACCUAACUUUAGUGGAAAAUAGUAUACUGAAAUAAAUUUAUAUUAAAUCAUGGCUUUAACAAACAUCUUGUUGAUUAGUCAAAUAGCUGGUUAUGUAGUGGCUCUUAUUUUGUCGUUAUGUAUCAUUGUUCCUAUGAGCUUACAUCAAGAUGAAUUCAGGGGUCAUUGCCUUCUAUUCUCAACAGGAGUCUGGCAAGAAACUGAUGGACAAUUAGUGGUCCAAUGGGCCUCCCAAAUUUACUGCAAUUAUACCAUAUUUGUUGGGCUAGUUCUCUUCCUGACUUCCAUAUACCAAAUCUACAGGCUUUCAAUGUUUAUGUAUCGUGGAGAAGAUAGUUCGUUCCUAUCAGCAUUCCUUGAUGUCGUGAGCUCCGUUUUUCUGACACUAAUAACUUUAAUCGCCGCUGUUUUUAUCACACUGGGUUUCAUGAACUGGUGCCAAUGUAUGAUCAAAAGAUUUCCAUCUUGUGAUUUGGCCGCUGGCAAUGAUAUUGACAAAGUAGACCACAUUGACACAUCAGGAUUCUACAUAGAACUUGGUGUUGCUCAGUUUGGAGCUUGGAGCAGUCUCUCUAUCUGGGUGGGAUUGUCCGUUUUUGCUGUGUUAAAAUUACUCAAAUACCAUCAGCUUGAAAAUAUGAAGGUGUCGAUGUAUAGAGAGAGACAAAGGUUGAUGGAGGCUGCUAGUAAUAGCCAACCUCAUGAAAUAAGUUAACUUUCUAAUAUUAUUUCGCUUCCCACAAAAUUCAAACUAUUAGGAGACUUUUUUUUAUGCAGCUAAGUGCUUUCAUUAUUUUAUCUUUAUGAUUGAUCUGAAUGUUUAUUUAGAUUACGUUAUUGUAUUGUAAUCUUGUUUGAUAAAAAAUAAUUUCCACAAGGCUUAUUUAAUCAAAAAUGCAAAAGACAUUAUUAAAUAUUAAGAAAAUACAAGAAUAUUUUAAUGGCUCGAAAUAUAAUAACUUUCUGAUUAAUUAUUUUAAAAAAAUGUUAUUUAGAAAUAAUUUUAAGUCAUUUUUUAAAAUUAAUAUUAAUUAAAGAUUGCUUUAAAAGUUUACAUAUUUAUAUAUCACUCAUUAACUAGGUAAUUAUUUUACUUUACAUAUACAGUUUAUAUUUAGAAAGAAAUACUCUUAUAAUAAGUGAAUAAUUAUUUUUUAUAUUUGAUUUUCUCAAAAAAAAAAAGAAACAAAAAAAUUAAAAAAGUGUUUUAUAUUUUUAAAAAAUCGAUUUAUUGGAUUAGAUUGUGUAUUAUGAAUAAUUUAUUAUUUGAUGAAUAAUUAUGAUAGUGCCGACAGAAGCAUAAAUUUUAGUCAGUAUUAAAGAAAAACGAAUAACAUUAAGCGAGUAUGUUAUAUUUUUAACAAAAAAAAUCAAUUUUCGUCGUUACAGAGUGUAUGUACAUAUCAUGAACAAAAAAAAGUCAUCAUUCAUAAUUAUAUGAAUAUUUUGCUAGAGUUCAUAGAAUCUCUAGCUAGUUUUAUAUAAAAAAUAAUUAUUUUAACGUAUACGAUAAUUA